ACGUUACUCUUCACUUCUCGGUUGGUUUUGGAUACGCUCGAGUUCGUUCCUUCUUCCAUCUCUUCUUGACAAUGUGUGACGACGACGUUGCUGCUCUCGUUGUUGACAACGGAUCCGGCAUGUGCAAGGCCGGCUUUGCCGGCGAUGAUGCGCCGCGUGCCGUCUUCCCAUCCAUCGUUGGACGUCCUCGCCAUCAAGGCGUUAUGGUCGGUAUGGGACAGAAAGAUUCCUACGUCGGGGACGAAGCUCAGAGCAAGCGCGGUAUCCUCACUCUGAAGUAUCCCAUCGAACACGGAAUUGUAACCAACUGGGACGACAUGGAGAAGAUUUGGCAUCAUACCUUCUACAACGAGUUGCGUGUCGCUCCCGAGGAGCAUCCCGUGUUGCUCACUGAAGCUCCACUCAACCCGAAAGCGAACAGAGAGAAGAUGACGCAAAUCAUGUUCGAGACGUUCAACACGCCGGCCAUGUACGUCGCCAUUCAGGCCGUUCUCUCUCUGUACGCGUCCGGCCGUACAACCGGUAUCGUUCUCGAUUCCGGCGAUGGUGUCACCCACACCGUGCCCAUCUACGAGGGCUACGCUCUCCCACACGCCAUCCUCCGUCUCGAUUUGGCCGGACGCGAUUUGACCGACUACCUGAUGAAGAUCCUGACUGAGAGGGGAUAUUCAUUCACGACCACAGCUGAGCGCGAAAUUGUGCGUGACAUCAAGGAAAAGCUCGACUACGUUGCUCUCGACUUCGAACAAGAGAUGCAGACGUCGGCUUCGAGUUCGGCAUUAGAGAAAAGCUACGAGUUGCCCGAUGGUCAGGUUAUUACUAUCGGCAACGAGCGUUUCCGUUGCCCGGAAGCUCUCUUCCAGCCCGCCUUCUUGGGUAUGGAAUCUGCCGGUAUACACGAGACCACAUACAACUCGAUCAUGAAAUGUGAUGUCGACAUCAGAAAGGAUCUAUACGCCAACACUGUUCUGUCUGGUGGCAGCACCAUGUUCCCUGGUAUUGCAGACAGAAUGCAGAAGGAGAUCACGGGUCUAGCACCACCCACAAUGAAGAUCAAGAUCAUUGCUCCACCAGAGCGUAAAUACAGCGUUUGGAUCGGAGGAUCUAUCCUGGCUUCGCUCUCAACAUUCCAACAGAUGUGGAUCAGCAAGCAAGAAUAUGAUGAGUCUGGUCCAUCCAUCGUGCACAGGAAGUGCUUCUAAGAAUUGUGAAACUUAGUUGCUUGUUGUUGUGAAUUUGGUGUAAGACUGGGUUUGUGUCUGGUCAGACGUUGUGCAGAGUUAGCUUUUACGGUUUAGAAUGAAAAAUAAAUGCAAUCACGUAUUCAAGUCAA